UACACGACGGUAUAAAUUUUGAGGUUAGAAUACUGAUGGAGUGAAGAGAGAUCUCUAAUAUAUCAAGUGUUAGAUAAUAUUGCCCUGACCAUGGCAGGUGUACUCAAAAAGUCUACGAAUUUAAAAGGGUUAGCCGUUUGCGCGAAUCCUCACUUGGAAUUAAUUCCGUUAUACAAGAGAAUUUUGAGAGUGCUACAAACGUUUCCGAAGGAUUACGCUUAUCGGAAAGAAACGGAGGGGAUUGUUCAGAAUAGACUGAAGAUCAUGCAAGAGAGAGAAAGCGUGCAAGAUAUAGAAGCCAAGAUCGGUUGUGGACAGGUGGAGGAGCUUAUAAUACAGGCAAAAAACGAGUUAUCGUUGGCGGAGAAGAUGUUGAUCUGGAAACCGUGGGAGAAAUUAAUGCAGGAAGCACCGCCCAACCAGUGGACGUGGCCGCCGCACAAAUAAUCCUAAUUUGUUGUAGAUAUUUGUACAUAGCACACACCUGAUAUCAAUGCGAAUGAAUAGAUUGUGCAUUGUACCCUAGCUCACAAUAUUAACGCGCGUGACAUGUUAUUAUUUAAUAAAUUUUCUCUGUAACUUCA